AUGGACAUAACUUACCGCACAUCUAAAGGACACUCAAGGUUUGACAAAGACGCAGGACAUUCAAUAAAUAUGAUGCUGAAACCUUUGACUAAUGGCACCGAUAGGAGUAGGAGUCCAUCACCAAACGCUGUCAGGCCGUUGCUUCACAUUGGAGGAAACAACACCUCUGAUGCUCCCUUAGCUCAUAUAGAAACUGAUGAUGAACAUGAUGACAGAGAAGUAGUAAAUCGUCCAUAUCCUGGUGUUGAUGAUGGAUUCUUUACCAAUGGCACAAAUACCGAAAAUGUUAAACCAUCUGGUGAAGAUGACUCUGGACAUCCAGAUGUGGAAUUUAUUAACCAUAAAGAACCUGAAGAUAUUCCUACGUUCAGUAUAGUACCCAGACUGGGUCCAGAUGAUAAUGAUGGAAAUCCACAAGUUAAUCCAGACCAGCCAGAGGCUGCAAAACCACCAACCGAUGUUGCAAAAGUUAAUCCGUCUGGUUUGCCUGAUUUUCCUGGUAGUCCAGGUUUUAGGCCGUGGGGAUACGAUUUUGAACUAGGCAACGGGGUAAACACGCUUCCAAGCGGUGAGACCAUUCCAGAUUUGAACGUCUACCAACACAAGAAAACUCUGGCUCAGGGAAUGAUGGAUCUAGCUCUGUUCUCAGCAAAUGCAAAUCAAUUCAGAUACGUCUUGGAAACUUUUAGGACUCAUCCAUAUUAUUACCCUAGUUUAGCCCUUAUUUCUAUUAGUUUACUUUUACAGGUUGCUGUUGGUAUAGGACUUGUAUGGAAUGCCACUUACAACGUCAAAGACAAAAAAGCGUUGUGUAUAGCGAAUAAAAUUAAUAAUUUUACCAUAAUUGGCGUAUUUCUCGUUACGUAAUCAACGUAUUUAUAUCUGCUUUUGGAGUUGCUCCAGCGCCGGCUUAGAAAA